AUGAACGGGACGGAAGGCCAAGACUUCUACGUGCCCAUGUCCAACAAGACUGGGGUGGUGCGGAGCCCCUUCGAGUACCCCCAGUACUACCUGGCUGAGCCGUGGAAGUUUUCGGCGCUGGCUGCCUACAUGUUCAUGCUGAUCCUGCUCGGCUUCCCCGUCAACUUCCUCACGCUGUACGUCACCAUCCAGCACAAGAAACUCCGAACGCCUCUAAACUACAUUCUCCUGAACCUGGCGGUCGCCGACCUCUUCAUGGUCUUUGGAGGCUUCACGACCACCAUGUACACCUCGAUGAACGGGUACUUUGUCUUCGGAGUAACAGGGUGCUACAUCGAGGGCUUCUUUGCUACGCUGGGCGGUGAAAUCGCUCUCUGGUCACUCGUUGUCCUGGCUGUGGAACGGUACGUGGUGGUCUGUAAGCCCAUGAGCAACUUCCGCUUUGGAGAGAACCACGCCAUCAUGGGGGUCGCGUUCUCCUGGAUCAUGGCCAUGGCCUGCGCAGCUCCCCCGCUGUUCGGCUGGUCAAGGUACAUCCCCGAGGGCAUGCAGUGCUCGUGUGGGAUCGACUACUACACACUGAAGCCAGAGAUCAACAAUGAAUCCUUUGUCAUCUACAUGUUCGUGGUCCAUUUCAUGAUCCCACUGAUCGUCAUCUUCUUCUGCUAUGGGAAUCUGGUCUGCACUGUGAAGGAGGCUGCCGCCCAGCAGCAGGAGUCUGCCACCACCCAGAAGGCAGAGAAGGAAGUGACCCGCAUGGUGAUCAUCAUGGUCAUCGCCUUCCUCAUCUGCUGGGUUCCCUACGCCAGCGUCGCUUUCUACAUCUUCACCAACCAGGGCUCAGACUUCGGACCCAUCUUCAUGACCAUCCCGGCAUUCUUUGCCAAGAGCUCUGCCAUCUACAAUCCUGUGAUCUACAUUGUAAUGAACAAACAGUUCCGUAACUGCAUGAUCACAACCCUCUGCUGCGGCAAGAACCCGCUGGGCGAUGAGGACACAUCUGCUGGAAAGACUGAGACCUCCUCCGUCUCCACCAGCCAGGUGUCCCCUGCAUAGGUCCCAACGCACCAACCUUGCCCACUGCCAGCGCCUGCCCGCUUCAGCACAGCCCUGCGGGGCGGGCUGCUCUCCCAACCAUAGGAACCCUGGGAACAAGGCUGUGAAAAUGUACACAUUUUAUAAUUAAAAUGCAAAAGCUUAGCUCCUCCACUGGCAUAAC